AUGUCUAACCCAUUCGAUUUAUUAGGUAAUGAUGUUGAAGAUGCUUCUACUCCGUUGGUCACCAAGGAAUUAGUUAAGAAUAACACUUCCUCCAAGAAGACUGAUGUUAACCCAAGAGCUGACAAAUCUAAGGCCAAGCAUAGACCAGCUCCAACUGGUAAUGAAGGUGCCAUCAAGGAUAAGAACGCUGGUAGAAAGAACAACAGAUCUAGAACUCCUCCAGAAAGCAGCAGGGCCCCAAGAGGUGGUAACAGCAGAAGAGACCGUGGUGACAGAUCUGGUAAGACCGACACUGCCAAGAAAGUUAACCAAGGUUGGGGUGACAACAAAAAGGAAGAAGAAUUUGAAGAAGAGGGUGAAGCUGAUGCUAAGGCUGAAUUGAAAGCUGAUGCUGAAGCUGAAGCUUCUGAAGAUGCUGCACCAGCUGUUAUUUCUUUGGCUGCCUAUUUGAAUGAAAAUAAGGCUGCUGGUUUGGACACCGUCGUUGCUCCAAAGAAGGUUGACCAAUUGGAAGGUGUUGAAUUGUUAGUUAAGAAGGAAGAAGUUUAUGUUGAACCUACCAAGGCUAAGAAAGUUAAGUCCAAGCAAUUGAAGACCAAGCAAUUCUUGGACUUUGACGUUUCCUUUGCUGACAACAACAGAAACAGUGGUAGAGGUAACGGUAGAGGUAGAGGUAACGGUAGAGGUAGAGGUAAUGGUAGAGGUAGCUUCAGAGGUAGAGGUAACGGUAGACCUAACAGAGACACUCAAGAAAAGAAAGAAGCCCCAGUCUACAAAGCUGAAAACUUUCCAUCUUUGGCCUAA